AUGGUCAAUAGACAGAUCGUGUCCAUGUCUAGCACCACAUCUUCUUCCGAUCAGAAGAAACCAACUUCCACGUCUCCAGGGGCUGCUUCUGUCGAGUUCAAUAGGAAUUCGACAUCUCCAGUAGCUUUAUCUCAUAUAGACACUGGUAACAAUGCUAAGAUAAAUAGUGCCACUCCAACGUACCAGAGAUCCGCUUCCUCCAUCUACAAUCUUAUUCAUUCAACUUCAAAGGAUUAUACGCAUACGAAUAAACCAAUCCUUCCAAGUUUGUCAUCCAAUUUCAAUAAUAAUAAUAAUAAUAAUAAUUUGAAUAGAUCACAUUCUUCUAUUUUACCUUACACUAAUAAUAACAUUACGCAUCAUACUACUUUCCCCAUUAUUAGUAACGCACAAAGGAGUAUACCCAAGUUAGAAGAAACUGAUAGUCCUCCUAAGGAAAAUAUUAUUCCUUCAACUGCAAGAAGAAAUACUCAGGAACAAUUAGCUAAACAAAUUGCAGAAAAACAUGUAGAUAAACCUAUUGCAGAUUAUGCAAAGAUCGUCAAAGACGCAGAAUUGAAAGUAAUGAAUAUCGAUCCAAAUUCAAAUCCAAAAUCAACGUUACAAUCUGCUGAACAAGAUAGGGAAAAACAGAGACAAAUUUACGCUCUUAUUUGGCUCAUGAAAAAUUGUCAAUCGAAACAUGACAGUUACGUACCAAGAGGUAGAAUUUUCGCUCAAUACGCUGCAUCUUGUGCUCAAAAUAGUUUAAAACCAUUAUCUCAAGCAUCAUUGGGUAAAUUGAUAAGAACAGUUUUCCCAGAUUUAACUACAAGAAGAUUAGGUAUGAGGGGUCAAUCGAAAUAUCAUUAUUGUGGCUUACGACUAAUGGACGAUACUAGUGAUAAUGUUGGUAUAAAUCCAAUCAACGAUUCAAAACUAAAUGAUAAAAAAAUUAACACCAAAAAUUUUGAUGAUCAAACUUAUGAACAGGAACCUGUAAUGAAAAAAAUAAAAUUAGAAGAUGCAAUGGAUGAUAAAUUACAAAAAAUUCAAAAAACUGAUGAUUUAACAAAAGAAUUACCUUUCUUGGAAAAUUUGUUCAAUGAAAUUUUUAAUAAUAAACAAACUUUAAACGAUGAUUAUCAAUUGGAUUUACCCAGAAUUGACAUCGAAAAAUUACCAAGUUCAAUAGAUAAAGAUAUAAUCUCAUCAUUGGAAUCGUUAUAUUUCAUUCAUUGUAAUACAAUAUUCCAAAAUGUCAAAUUUUUCAAAUUUGAUUACCUAUCAACGAACAAUUUAUUCCUUUUCCAUCCAAAUGGCUUAAUUUCACCACAAAUGUACAAUCUGUUUAUUUCUGAAGAAUUGUACGAUUGGAUACAUAAAUGUGACCUCAUCACUCAUAUUUCAAUCAUUAAAUUUUUAUCAAAUUUCAUUAUAAACUUCAAUAGAGAAAACGAACUCAUCAUUUCUAAAUUAGAAAGCUUCAUUCAUGCUUACCAAGAUCAAAUAUUAAAAUCAACAAUAGACUUACCGGUACCCAUUUUAACUUCAAAAUUACAAAUUUCCAAAAAUUUUACUACGAUAAUAAAAAAACUUUUAAAACUAUUAAAAUUUAUAGUUAGAUUCAUAAGUAGUUUUGAAUCAUUUAAAGAUGGUAUGAAAAAAGAUUGGGAACAAAUUGUAAAUUUAGAUGAUAUCUUAGAAAUGGUAACGACAGAAAAAAAUUCAGAAGUAUUAAUGAAAAUCAAAGAAUUUGUAAAACAAAAUACUCUAACUUUACUCAAUAAUGACAGUUUUUCCUUAGUUGACAUAAUAAUCAAUACUUUAAAUUUCAUUUCAAAUUCAAGGAAUUUUAUGGCACAGACAAUGAUUGACUCCUAUGUUAGAUUCACAAAUACUCUUAUAGGUGACAUAUCGCUGAAAAAUUCUGAAAAUUUACUGCCUUGGUUAUUUUUCAACAACGUUACUGUACAAUUAAUCAAUUAUUCCUUUGAAAUCACAAAAUUCGUGAAUGAAAUCGAAUAG